AUGGCGAACUUGGCAAAGCUUGAUUUUGCUGCCCUGGACAUUACUGGGAAUAAUUACCUUACCUGGGUACUGGAUACUAAGAUCCAUCUAGAAGCAGGGAAUCUUGGAGAUACCAAUAGAGAAGAAAACAUCUCAUCCUCUCAAGAUCGGGCGAAGCCUAUGAUCCUUAUUCGUAGCCAUCUUGAUGAGAGACGAAAGAGCGAAUAUUUAACGGUUGAAGAUCUGUUAGCUCUCUGGAAGGCAUUGAGAAACAGAUAUAAUCACAAGCCAAUUGUGAUUCUUCCAAAGGCUCACUAUAAAUUGACUCACUUAAGGAUCCAGGAUUUUAAGUCAGUGGCUGAGUACAAUUCAGUGUUGUUCAAAAGUACCUCUCAGAUGAAGCUCUGUGGAGAUACCACUACUGAGGAAGAUAUGCUGGAAAAGACUUUCAGCACAUUUCAUAUCUCUAAUGUGCUCCUCCAGCAACAGUAUAGAGCACGAGGCUUUAUUGAAUACAACUAG